GCUCGCACUGAAGACAUCUUGCGGUCUGUCACGGUCGCUUACAUUUGGGUUUUCAAAUAUGGAUAUUCCAUGCGUUAUCACUUUAUCAUGUGAAAUGUUUAAAAGACUUAAUCUAGAUAAAUAUGUUGCGUAUGAUCCAUUAGACGCAAUAGGAAAAUACCCUAGCAAUGACGCGAUGAUUCCCUUUUAGAAUGCAUAUCGUGUGUUCAUAACCGCGAAGGUUUAGUAUAAACAAACCAUUGCAAGUUAUUGUGUAUGUGAUGUAAAAAUAAUACACAGAAUAGUGACCUUGAAUAUUUUAGGUAAGUGAAGUGGGCAUGGACGGAAUGGUGGAGGAGAACGGAACUUCUAGCGCAGCAGGAGUAGCGGAUCCCCUGGCGAGCGGAGGAUCCGCAGCGAACGCCACCCCUCAUGUGGUGGUCACGAGUAUAGUGCAGCUCACAUUACCAAGUCAAGCACCAUCCGCACAGGUCCAAUCAGUUAUACAACCAAAUCAACAAUCUGUCAUUCAAACGGCAUCCAAUAUACAAUCAGUACAACUACAAAAAGGCAAUGUGAUAUUGGUCAGCAAACCCAGUUCUGUCAUACAUACUACUCAAGGAACUCUCCAAACAUUACAGAUUAAACCGGAACCUAACACAAUAUUAAGUACCCAAGGACAAUCUUGCAGUGAUGACAGUUGUAGUGAUGAAGAGAGUCCCAAGAGGAAAUACAGAGAAAUGUUAACGAGACGUCCAUCAUAUAGGAAAAUACUUAAUGACCUUGGAGGAACCGAAAUUGCUGAAAAUCGCAUGGGAACUAAAGCAGUAUUGGAAAGUGAAGUGUCGCUGUCACCUUCUUUAUCGUUUGCGCCAGUUAUUCCAGCGAGUUCACUUCAGACUGAAAGUGGAUUACACACGUUAGCAGUGUCAGGCACCACAGGCGGUGGGACCUUAGUCCAAUAUGCAACUAAUCAAGAUGGUCAAUUCUAUGUACCGGGGCCAAUAUUAGAGGACCAAACAAGAAAACGUGAAUUAAGGCUGUUAAAAAAUCGUGAAGCCGCCAGGGAAUGCCGGCGAAAGAAGAAGGAGUAUAUUAAAUGCCUUGAGAACAGGGUUGCUGUACUAGAAAAUCAAAACAAAGCUCUAAUAGAGGAGCUCAAAUCUCUGAAGGAACUAUAUUGCCAGCAGAAAACUGAAUGAGGUCCGGCCGGCUAACCAGGUGUGCCGCUGCCAGCUGGAAGCAAUGAUAAGCCUUGAGGCACACAUGACUUGUAACAUGUACUUUAACAGUACUGGGUGAACGUCCAGGCCAGAGAAUGCCUAAGCGGACUGAUAUAAGUGAUGUCUCAUGAGAAUUUAUUUUGAAAGGUUUUAAAUGACUUGGUUCUAACAGUAACUGCUACAAGUCUCUGGAUGAAAAAAAAAUAGUAUUUUUAUAUUCUUCUUUUCUGCAUUCUCUUUAAUGUUAAAAGUUGAUGUAUUAGAUAUAAUGUUAAUUACAAAUGUUGUUUUAUAUUAUGUAUUGAAUUCAAACUGAUUAUAAUUUUAAUCAAGCCUGGAGUUACAUAAGACAUUUUUUACAAUGAUUGUUCUUGUUUAUUGAUAGGGUUACCAGUAUGGUUACUGUGUUUAAAUUGACUAGAAAAAGUUACAGCUGUAGCAGUUUUUAAAUGUUUUUUUUUAAGAUAUAUAAACACUUGCAAGACAUGCAAACAUGCAAAACAUUGCAGAAAUUUAAUUUCUUUAUGUGCAAAAAUGUUCAACAUAAAAUUUAUUGGAUGCUAAUUGCACAGUUUUUUGACUUCUACAUGUGGAUAAUAGUUUUUUUUUCUUUUUUUCAGUAUAUAACUAUAUAUUUUUAAGUUGUUUCUUGUUUGAUACAUUAAUGGUAUUUAAACUGGACUGAGUGCCAUUAUAAUAUCAAAAGUAAAGUAUUACCAUGUUCUAAUAGAUUAUUAUGUAAUUUACUUUUGCUGUAAUAUUUUUCUGUUAUACUAUUCUCAUUAACACUGUAAAAUAACCCUCCUUUUAAAGCUGUCAGAUAAGAAAUACUAUUCUACUAGUAAAAUUUUAUUUCACUAUUUUAUAUAUACUGUGAUGGGAAAAGCGAGCGAAGUGAUAGAAUUUACCCAUUGUAAUGAUAAAACAUAACUAUUGUAGUUUUUGCUUAGGUCUUCUUGACAUCAUAAUAUGGUGUUUGUUAUGGAUAAGCCAAAGUUAAUAUUUAGUUUUUUGUGCAAUAAUUUUAUUGCAAUGUACAGUCUUAGCAAAGUACCAUUUUUCAGUCCUCUACAAAAAGAAAAAUAUACGAUGUAAUGAAAAUAUUAUGUACAUUAUGUAUAGAUAGAUUAGAUUUUUAAAAAAAUAUGUAUAGAUUUUAAAAUUUCAAUUAUUUUGUACAUAUAUACGCAUAGUAUAUGCAUUUGUGAACAGACGCCAAUGUUGCAUAUCAAACAGAUGUAAUACUUAAUUAUGUUGAUAAAUAUUAAAACCAUUUUCAUACGACUAUGUAUUUCACACGUCACUUUGGUUCAUGGAUAUGUAAAAAUAUAUGUAUUUUAUGUGGAGGGGUGAAACUUUGAGAGUUAAGGAUAAGAAUUUUAUAAGUACUCAUUUGCCAUGAUUGAUAUGUAUAAUAAUUAUAGUGUUAUAAUAGUUUUAUUAAAAUGUUUUAUUUUCUCUUAUUUCAACGUUAUUGUUGUGAGGUGACAUAAUAGUUUAUUAUGUUAAACAUGUCUACCAUGGCAAGUGAUAUAAGAUUAAAUGUAAGACAUUGUGCAAAGUGCCUUUAAAUUUAAAAUGAAUAAAGUUUAUACCAACAUAGCUUUUUAUGUUAACUUAUGCUAUUUAUAAAUAUUAAUAAUAUUAACUGUUUUGAUGUAAAA